AGAUUUAUAGCUCCGCUCAUUUGAAUGGUCCAGGCAGAUGCGUCUGCCUGGAUUGCAACGAAUCAUUGGACAGGACACUGCGUCUGCGGAGUGCAGUUUCAUUAUUUAUUGAUUUUGAUACCUAGGCAUCCUAGACAGCUCGCCAGGGCUCAGUGUGUUAACGGAAGCUGGGGUGAGUUGUCGAUUGCUCUCGAUCGUACCAUACUAGCUUCCGUUAACAACUCGUUUUUUUUUUUAACAUCGUCAUAUGGGAUAGUAUCGAUUAUAAUUAUUGGGAUAUAACGACGUAUUAUACUAUAACUAUAAAACAUCAAAGUAUGAAUAUGACUUCUACUACCGGACAUACCUACCUCCUCAACUGGCAUCACACUGAAACUAGCUGAUGACGGCCGAUGUAUCGUGGCUCGCAUCAUGCAUGGGGGCAUGAUACACCGGCAAGCCACUCUCCAUGUCGGUGAUGAAAUCAGAGAGAUCAACGGAACACCUGUCGCGAACCAGUCAGUGGCGCAGCUUCAGAGAAUGCUGCGCGAGGCUCGAGGUUCGGUGACAUUUAAGAUCGUUCCAUCCUACCGGUCAGCUCCUCCGCCGUGCGAGAUCUUCGUGAGAGCUCAAUUUGAUUAUGAUCCCCUGGAGGAUGAGCUCAUACCUUGCGCACAAGCUGGCAUCGCCUUCAACACCGGCGACAUCCUUCAGAUCAUUAGCAAAGAUGACUCUCAUUGGUGGCAAGCACGUAAAGACGCUGCCGGUGGAUCAGCUGGCCUUAUUCCCAGCCCCGAGCUGCAAGAGUGGCGUGCCGCAUGCGCCGCUGCCGAAAGAUCUACCACCGAUCAAGUGAACUGUUCCAUAUUUGGGCGCAAGAAGAAGCAGCCCAAAGACAAGUAUUUGGCGAAGCACAAUGCGGUGUUCGAUCAACUUGACGUGGUCACCUACGAAGAGGUCGUUAAACUACCAUCUUUCCAACGAAAAACAAUAGUGCUUCUAGGCGCACAUGGCGUUGGACGCCGCCAUAUUAAGAACACGCUGAUCGCGCGUCAUCCUGAUCAGUACGCCUAUCCCAUACCCCACACUACACGACCACCAAGAGCGGACGAGGAGAAUGGGAGACAUUAUUACUUCGUGACCCACGAAGAGAUGAUGGCCGAUAUUGCUGCUAACGAAUACUUGGAAUAUGGAACGCACGAGGACGCAAUGUACGGUACCAAACUGGAGACCAUCCGGCGCAUCCACUCGGAGCGGCGUAUCGCCAUAUUGGACGUUGAACCGCAAGCGCUAAAGAUCCUGCGCACGGCGGAGUUCGCGCCCUACGUGGUCUUCAUCGCGGCGCCGCCGCUCAACAACGUGGCCGAUUACGACGGCUCCCUAGAAGUACUGGUGCGCGAAUCGGAACAACUGCGACGAACUUACGGCCACUGCUUCGACCUCAACAUCGUCAACAACGACAUCGACGACACUCUCGCCCAACUAGAGGCGGCAUUAGCCCGUCUGCGGUCCACUCCGCAAUGGGUGCCCGUUUCGUGGGUCUAUUGA